AUGGCUCACUCUGCCCCUCCGCCAGCUGCUCCAGGAUGGAGUCGUUGGAACACACAGCCUCAGUCACCAGAGUACGGCCUUCUCGACGGCUCUACGUUUGUCCAGUACGACACACGUGCGACAACUCCAGUGACCCUCCAGCGGCCUUCGGAGGCUCAACACUAUCUGGUUGGGAAUGCCUACACAAUGGCUCCCACCAUGGCACACACUCUGUCACACACUAUGGCUCCCCCAAUGGCCAUGCCAGCACCCCAGUAUCCCGGACAACAUCAGUACGGCUUUGGCUGCGUGACGCCGCCGUCACCAGAAAGUCUCCUGCCAUCCUUCAGGCAGUAUCAGGAUGAGAGACCUCGCAUGAUGGGCAUGGAUACUGAGAGCAGCCACACGAACAUGAACUACGCACGAGGCGGUCGCCCACAGACUUACAUCCCAGACCAGGUCCAGGCCCCGGCUGUCAAGCGCGAGCAAUACAUGUCUCCGGCCUCGCCAGCCUCGACAAAGGACGUCAUCAACAGCAAGACCAUCACACCAACCAUCUCGGCAGACCCCGAGAAGCAGACCGAGUUUCACACGGAUGUGGACACCCUUAUGAAGACCAUUCAAGUGAAGAGCACGGAAACGACAACGCCGGCCGCCGUUGACCACGGCGAGUCUCGCUACCCGUCACCGCCUCAUGCUGAACCGAGCCCUGAGACUUCAAGCGGCUCACGCAACACGAAGAAGCGCCACCCUUGCACGAUCCCAAAUUGCCCAAUGAGAUUCUCCCAGAAGACUCACUUGAGCAUACACGUGAGAUCGCACACCGAUGAACGGCCAUAUCCUUGCACCCAGCCGGGAUGCAACUACCGCUUCUCUCAACUGGGCAACCUCAAGACACAUGAGCGUCGUCACACUGGCGAAAAGCCUUAUGCGUGUGAAAUUUGUGGCAAGCGAUUUGCUCAGCGCGGCAACGUACGUGCUCACAAGGAGACACACAACAACUUCAAGCGCUUUGCGUGCCGAAUUGACGGAUGCACCAAGAAGUUCAGCCAAUUGGGGAACAUGAAGACACACCAAAACAAGUUCCACGCAGAGACAAUCAAGGCUCUCACUGCAAAGUUUGCCGCGAUACUGCGUGCUGGGGAGGAGCUCAAGGGCGAAGACAAGGAGCUCUUUGAGUACUUUGCAGUCCAUUACAAGAACAGCAACAAGGGCAUCAAGGGGCGUGGCAAGGACCGCAAGGUCAACACCAUCAACUCCUCACCAGCGGCGCCCUCGAGUCACUACCCCGGGUCACAGCCCUCGACGCAGCAGCAACAACAGCAUCAGAUGCCUCAUGGGCUUCCGUAUUCGGGGCUCGCCGCGUCCAAUGCCUUUGGGCACUACAGCACCUACAACAUGCUCGUCGGCCGCGAAAGCCGCCGUGGAUAUGAGUACGACAUGGACCACGAUAGCGUAUCUGGGUCUAGCGCCACCGGCACAUUAUACGAAGACGAGCACCAUUUCAACGAGCGCUUCCAGGACCGGUUGUAUUGA